AUGCAUCAAUGCGUGACAGCAUUUGUGAUCGGUGCCAGCAUUGGCACUGUCAAUGCUGUGCUCACGGCGUUCUGGUGGAAUUGGAAUGCUCAGGACCACGAUCGCACUGCUGAUAAGGAAACUCAGACGGAGACAGAAACACCACUCAGGAAGGACGGCACUAGCGAGGAGGACGCCACUACUACGAAGGAUGACGAGACCACGAAGGAUGACACACCUAAGAAAGACGGCACAUCUCAGAAGGACGGCGCGACCAAGAAGGAUGGCAUAACCACGAACGAUGGCACAACCACGAAUGAUGGCACAACGAAGAAAGACAGCACAGCCAAGAAAGACAGCACAGCCAAGAAAGACACGCCACCAGGCUCAAGUGAUUCCUCGGCCGAGCAGGAGGACCAGAACUUUGCAGGCUUUGGACGUGAGAACCCGGCUAAGACAAUCGAGAGGCUGGAGAGACAACUCGAGGAAGAGAAAGAAAAGACACGUCUCGCAGAGAUCGAGAGGCAACUGUUCGAAGACCGUGCAACGAGGUCCCAGAACGAGAUUCGCAGACUCAGUAGAGAGGAGCGCAAUCUCAGGAGGCUGAGCACCAGUCUCAGCGCAGCCCAAUCUGCACCAAUCCCAACAAGAAGCCCGCCACGAGAUGCAGCCGCUGACGAAAGAGACUUGUGUGAGGCACAGCAGCAGCUGAAGACUACGACAGCUGAUUUGGCGACAAGGCAACAGGAGCUCGAGGUGGCCGAGGCGAAGCUCAAGAACAUCAGCAGCGAAUUGUCAAAUGAGGAGAACAGACUGAAGACCGCGACCGAUGAGCGAGAUCUCGCCAAAGGCGAGGCUGUGAAUGCGCAGACAUUGACCAACGCUGCGAAGAAGGAGCUUGGAGCCACCAAAGAUGAGCUCGAUGGGCUGACGAAGAGAAAGGCUGCUGCUCAAGAAGAUCUCAGCUCCCUCGAGGCUCAAUUGAAGGAGACGCGCAAAUCACUCAAGUCGCUUGACGAAGAGCUCGAGAAGAAGACUCGUAAGGCGCAAAAGGAACUUGAGUCGAAGCUGGAGCAAGAGAAGAGCGCUCGUACAGCUGCUCAGAAGAACGAACUCGAAGAGAAGGCUCGUAUGGCAAAGGACGAGCUUGACUCGAAGCUGGAGCAAGAGCAGAGCGCUCGUACAGUCGCUUACGAGGACGAGCUUGAGGAAAAGAAACGAAAGAACCUCAAGGACCUCGAGGAUGACCUGAAGACGAAAAGACAACAAGAUCUUCGAAGUAUGGAGGACGAGCUGAAGGAGAAGAAGCGACAAGAUCUCGAGAACCUCGAUAACGAAGUAGAGAAGCAGAGACGAGCUGUCGACGCAAACUUCGAUAAGGAGCUAAAGAGUAAGCAACAGGCUCAGGCCCUUCUUGACCAAGACUUGGAGCAGAAGAAGAAGGAGAAGAGUCAGCUCCAGGAAGACUUUGACUCUACGAAGCGCGACAUGGUGACGCAAUACCGGAGAGCUCAAGGCCGCAUGAAAGUACUGGAUGGCCAGGUGGCCGCUGCGCAGCAACAGCUCAAUGAUAUGCACAAGCAGCUUGGAAUGCAGGGCGCGCCUACGCAGCCCUGGACUCAGCCUCAACCUUCAGCGGAUGAAGUGCCCGGGCAGAGCUUAGAUAGCCAAGCCACGGGUGAAGAGAUGGAAGGCGUGGAGGGAGGCGAUGGGAUGGAGAUUGACGACGCGACCGCGCAGAUUCAGCCCAUCGACCAGGCGAACGAGGCCGACAACCCAGUAGCACAGACUACUGCUGGCUGGUUUGGAAGCAGUGGCGCGCCUACUCCGCCUGCGAUGCGCCCUCCCACCACACAGGAGCCGCAGAGCGAUGGCUUCGAUGUUGGCAGUGAGGAUGAGAUUGCUCGCGCUCUCCAGCAAGAAAGCCAGGAGCACCGCGCCGCGCAUGGCCUACCGCCACAGAGCUCCCAGCCACCAGUCGUAGACGCAUCGACUGCCGCACAAAGCGUUGCUGCAGAGGUGGUCGGCGGCCGCGCGGCCGCGUCAUCUUCGAAUGCUCCCGAGCCGGACUACUCCAAGCCUCCAAAGCAAGCUGAAAGCAAGAUCACUGCCGAGAGACCUGCCGCCAAGUCUGCGGUGCCACCAACAGAUCAAGCGGUUGGUCCUUCUCAGCAACCGCGGAAGAUCAAGCCACUGCGUCGCAAUCCAGAUGUGGCUCCAUCAGAUCUGCCACCGGAGCGCGACGUCAAGGAGUUUUACGCCUUACGAGAUGAUACUACAGCUCCAGUCACCAUAGCUCAGCUCUGCAAGAGAUUCAAGAUCUUCCCAAGUGAUGCCCAACGCUACAACAGAUUCCUCAGUUUCUUGCAGGGGCUCGACUAUAUUGUCGUCGAACGACUACCAAGCAAUAGUCGGGUGCGGCAGUAUCUGGACGAGCGUCGCGGCACGCAAAUAACCUUGUCCGACUUUCGCGAACACUUUGACAUCUCCGAGACGGCUGAAAUCAUUCAUGGCAGACUGCUCGAGCAGUUGGAAGAGGGCACUGCAUUCGAGGAAUCCUCACUGCCUAGCGAUGAAGAUUUGAUCGAGUAUUACGAGGCGAGAGGCCAAGAAGCCGUGACUUUGGAAGAUCUGUGCAAGCAUUUCGAGCUUAGAGAGGACGAUCAUGACAGGCUUCGCAGGAGACUGCAACGACUCAACUUGGACCUCUUGGAGUCGGUCCAGGUCACUUCUCCUCCAGAUGACGAUGAGAGUGAUGCUGAUGAAGACGAGGAUCAAGGCCCCAAUGGGAGCGGAGCUGACGGCAAGGCACCGGAUGAUUAUGAUCAAGAUGAUGAUCAAGGAUCCAAUGCCGGCGGAGCUGACAGAGAGGCACAAAAUGAUGAUGACCAAGACGCGCACGAUGGCUCGGUCGACUUAGACGAGCUGGGUGAACGCGAAGACCGCGAAACGGGCGACUCAGGUUCUGAGGGUCAAGAUACGAAUCCAAGCGACGACGACAAUCAAAGCACCGAAUCUAAGGAGUCCGAAGACGUAUUAGCGUUGAAGCCUGUUGCCAACCCCUUCAACCCUAACCCUAUGCCCUUCCGGCCCGUGUACAAAGACUCAGACAAGCCGACGGAGCCGAAAGAGCCUGAUCCCGCUCCUCUCUACGGCCAACAGUCCUCAUCGGCGUACACUCGCGUUGUUUACCAAGGUUCGUACGGCAGUGGAAGUACAGGAACAUACCAGCCGACCCAGCCCGCCUACGCUCCUCCUUACGGCCAGCCGUCUUCACCGGCAUAUACUCCCUACAAUAGUGGAGGAACAUACAGACCGACAAUGCCCGGCAACGGCAAAGCUCCUUGA